AUGCCUUCCAAUAUAUCCCACCCCAUCUCCAUCCCCAACCCGACAACAACUACAUCAACAACAACCCUAAAAACCAACAAAGACUGGCCAAAAUGGAACAAUGAGACCCUCAAAAUCCUCAAAAUCCGCAACCUAACCCACCUCCUCAAAGACACCAACAAACCACCCCCAACAUCCCCAUCCCACCGCAAAUGGACAAAUUCCCAAAAAACCACCUGCGCCCUCAUUAUCAGCAAACUAAGCCCCGCCAUCGCAAAAGCAAUGCGCUCCCACAAAACCCUCGAAACCCUCCUCCAAGCCCUGGACACCUACACAAAACCCACCCCCACCGAAGCCCUCGAAAUGCUCAUCUCGCUCUGGGGUAGACUUUCCUCGCUCUCCUCGUCCGACCACGCCAGUGUCACGGACUACGUUGCCGAGGCCCGCGAUAUCAAAGCGCAGUAUAUCCGGCUAGGAACGGGUGUUUCGGACGCGGUGCUCUCGUGCGCGUUUAUGGCGGGUCUGCCGGUUCAGUGGCGGGAGUGGAAGAUGCGGCGAAUGCGUGAUCAGACUGUACUUGUUCCUUGGGGUGAUUGUUCGAGUUCGACGUUUUUGUUUGAGAAUUUGCUGCGUGAUGCGGUGGAGGAGGAGGCGAGGUUGUAUGAGGUGGCACGGCGGGAGGAGGAGGUUAGAUGGGGUGUUGAGGUUAGAGAUGCUUCGUUUGCGGGGGAGACGGUCUCGGUCUCGGAAUUUGAAGGCGAAUCUUGGUUUGAAGAGAAGGCGGGCGGAUUCGAGGGGACGUUAUACUGCUGGUAA